UGACAGCUCAUUCUGAGACACCGGAAGAAGUCGUCGGUUUUGGUGACGCUGCAUUAGAGACUGCAAGACAUGGACCGGUCUAGACUGUUCGGUUUGUUCUCUCUCCUGAGUUUGGCUCUUUCUGGAGCUCAGGCACUCACACCGGCGCACUACCUCUCCCUGUCCGAUGUGGCCCGCCUGCAGAACCUCCUGAGCCAACAAUUCACUGACUUGGACUCCGCCUACUACUCUGUUGUUGGUCUGACCAAGCUCGGAGCAUCUAUUGCUGAUCAUGAGGGAGUCUGCCAGUUUCUCAAAUCCCAGCUGGAUCCCACGAGCAUUGACUCACUCUUCUUUGCCGCUGAGGCCAGUCAAGCCAUUUCAGGAUGUGAGAUCCCCGUGUCCAACGAGACCCGGGACAUCCUGCUGGCAGCCGUCAGUGAAGACUCCACCAUGACUCAGAUCCACAGAGCGGUGAGCGCUCUCAGCUCUCUGGGCCUGCCUCUGACCUCACAGGAAGUAGUCGGUGCCCUCACCGGUCGCAUCAACAAGGAGGACAACGUCAUGGCAAUCACUUCCGCUUUGCUGACAGCAGCCCGCCUGUCCCAGCAGGCCGAACUCGGAGGAAUUCUGGAGGAAAUCGAGGAUCUGACGGCUCGUUUGGAUGAUCUCGGAGGCAUCUACCUCCAGUUCGAGGAGGGACUUGAGGCGACCGCCAUGUUUGUGACCGCUGCAUACUCCCUCUCAGAUCACGUGGACAUGGAGCCCCCACUGAAGGAGGACCAGGUGAUCCAGCUGGUGAACUCCAUCUUCAGCAAGAAGUCCUGGGACUCUCUGUCCGAGGCCUUCAGCGUGGCCAGCGCCGCCGCCGCGCUCUCCGCCAACCGCUUCCACGUGCCCGUCAUCGUCAGCGCUCAGGGCCCGGCCACCGUGUCCCACAGCCAGCCCACCCUGCAGCUGCUCGUCACCGAUGUCAUGUCUCAACCUCUGACCUCCGCCAACGUGCUGGUGGAGUCGGCGUUCGCUGUGGCCUCCAAGAGCAUCGUCCUCAGCCAAGCUCCCUUCACACUUAACGACGGCGUCUUUGAACUGAACUUCAUGACCAGCCAGCCAGCCAGCGGAUAUUACCAGUUUACUGUGGCAGUGACCGGGGACAGCCGGCUUGUGGCCAAUCAUGUUGAGCUGAAAGUGAAGGUGUCCACUGAGGUGUCCGUCAUCAACAUGGACCUCUCUGUGGUGGAUAAGGACCAGAGCAUUGGCACAAAGACCGUCAGGGUGGACUAUCCUUCCAAAGCCAAGAGCUCCUUCACUGCCGACAGCCACCAGAACUUCGCCAUGUCCUUCCAGCUGGUGGACGUGAACUCUGGAGUGGAGCUGACCCCCCACCAGACUUUCGUCCGGCUGCACAACCAGAAAACGGGUCAGGAGGUUGUGUUCGUGGCCGAGCCCGACAGCAAGAACCUGUACAAGUUCGAGCUGGACACGGCAGAGAGGAAGUCCGAGUUCGACUCCAUGUCCGGCACCUACUCCCUGCACCUCAUCGUCGGGGACGCCACGUUGGAGAAUCCCAUCCUGUGGAACGUGGCUGACGUUGUUCUGAAGUUUCUGGAUGAGGAAGCUCCAGUGGCCAUUCAGCCCAAAACUCUCUACGUGCCCAAACCAGAGAUCCAGCAUUUAUUCAGAGAACCGGAGAAGAAGCCUCCCACGGUGGUGUCCAACACCUUCACCGCUCUCAUCCUGUCUCCCCUCCUGCUGCUGCUGCUCCUGUGGUUUAAACUGGGAGCCAAUGUCUCCAACUUCAGCUUCGCCCCCAGCACCGUCCUGUUCCACGUGGGACACGCAGCCAUCCUGGGCCUGAUGUACGUGUACUGGACUCACCUCAACAUGUUCCAGACUCUGAAGUACCUGGCCAUUAUCGGCACCGUUACCUUCCUCGCCGGGAACCGCAUGCUGGCACAGAAAGCAGUGAAGAGGCUCGAAAACAAAUAAAGAGCAUGAAAAUUAAAAGAAGACACCAACAUUUUUUUCCAAGGAGUAAAUUUCACCGACGCAUCAAAUCAGACUUUAAAACACGACGUUCAAGAACCCCAAACCGUUUGUUCUCCGCGUUGCCAAAACGGAAGACCGAGGACAAACGCUCAGCGACAGAUCCUUACUACAAAGCUACUGAUCAUUGCACUUCCUGUGAGAUUUGUUUUUCUGAUGUUUUCUGAGUCAGCUGGGUUUUUUUUAUCUGUGGUUUAUUUGUCUUUUCUUUUUUUUGUACAUUCCUCUGUUUUCACUCGCCGCCCGUCUCACCUCGUCACAGCUGUGUGUUUUUCCUCUGAAAAAAAUAAAAAUAAUCAAACAUCGGCAGAAGCCCUGAUAAGUUGAGCGUGACUCACUCUGAAUGUGUUUGCCUGUUUGCCGCAUCAGACGUCUCCUCUAUUUGAUACGGAGUUUGACGGCAGAUAAAAAUGUUGAUUGAAAUGUCGGCGAUCUGAGGAAAAAGUGAUGUUUUUGUAAUGAAGAGGAAAUAAAAGAAUUUGAGGUGAA